GCGAGAUAAUAAUCUUACAUCGAGAAGACUAUCAGACUUAUACCUAGCAUAGCACAUUCAAAUGUCUGCGCAAACAACGAACACAGACGCCCAAAAGCCCGACUACAUCAACAACAAAGCCAAAGCCAGUACCAGUGGACCUCUAUACUCAAUCUCCAAAGCCGGAAGAGAGAAAUUCAUUCAAGAAGAAAUCGAAGAGAAAGAAAGACCCGUCGACCCCAAGGAGCCACGCUUCUGCAAGUGCCGCAAAAACGCCCACGGAACAAUGAUCGGCUGCGAUUACAAUGUAAGGCUGUCUGGCAUCCUUUCUUUUGGGAACUUUUUACUAAGGAGAUCUUAUAUGUCCCGUGAUUGGUAUUGUCCGACUUGUCGUGUGAAGACCGGCAAGGGUGUCUUUUCGAAUGGAGUCGUGGGCGGUCCCCACGAUGAUGCUUGAUUGGGAGGGAGAGUAAGACAACGUCGAAGAUUAGAUGAGGAAACAGAGCUCUAGAAGGGUGAGAAGAGAGCAAGAGGGAAGUGUGGACAAUGCGUUCAUUCUGUCGUGGUGACAAACAUCUUCGCCAGGAUGACGAUGGAAAGGCGAUCAGCUCCAUUCAGGAUCCACAGCACAUCACAAAAGUACGCGAAGGUCAAGAAAGAACAAAAGCUUGAUCGUACCUGCUUGCUUCUCGCUAUUCUGAGC